CAUAAAGAAGUCCUCACAGAAAGUCAUCAAUCAGAGCUGAGUAGAGUCGGUUUAGAGCUAAACGCUAAUACAGCAGCUGUUUGUUUAAAGCUUUGAAUCAAAAUAAAUCAGAAAAGGAAUGAGAUGGCCCUCCUGUGUCAGCAAUAAGGAGCUUUUUCUCACAGGAAGUGGAUUCAUCUGUGCUGUGAGGCUGAGUUGAUGUGUUCUUCAGACUGACAGAAAGUCUGAGAGAAGAGACAGAAGAGAGAACAAUGUCUGACUCCUCAUCUCUGUUGGUGACCUUGAUGCUCACAUUAACAGCAGCAAGUCCACUGAUGACAGUGAUGGAGGUCAGAGAUGGAGAUGAAGCCCCUUUAACUUGUUCAGGUGGAAGAGAUCUCCAUAAUGGAUGUAAAAGUGUGACUUGGAUCUAUGAUGAUUCAACAAACACAGUAACUCUGUUUGAACAUGGAAAGAUUCACAAAGAUGCUGGAUCUAAAUCAGACAGACUGGAUCUCUCUGAGGACUGUUCUCUGGUUCUGAAGAAGAUCACAGCUGAGGAUGAAGGUCGAUACUCCUGCAGACUGUCCAGACCCUUCAGAUCAAAACUCACAGAUGUUGUUGUUCGUCUGACUAUCAUUGAUGAAAAGGAAACAACCAGUAAAACACCCUGGCGGAGCUCAGAAACUCUGCUAACAUCAGAUAUAAGAACAUCUGCUGAAGGAAACCAAAGUCCUGCAGUCUCUUCCUGGAGGAUCUUCUAUGUUCCUGUGGGCUUAGCAGUUCUCUCUGUCAUCACUGUGUUGGUCAUCAUGAAGACAAGAACAAAGAUGAGAACAUCAAACUGUUCCAAAGACAGAGUCCAACCAGAACCACUAAACACAGUCAGCAGUUCUGCUAAGAUCUCCCAGAGUGACGAUGAUGUCCUGAGUGAUGAAGACAUGCAGGUUUCUCUGCACCAAUGAAGACAUGAACACAUUUCUGAGCUGCAAGUCUUCAUGCUUCAGUCCAUUCACCAGCAGGUUUUGUUAAUUUGAGUAAACUCUGGGCUUGAAAUUAUUUUUUGCAAAUGUGCAAAAAAUAUGAACUGUAGCUAAAAUGUAAUCUAUGAUUGUUUUUGUCUCAUAAUAAAGGAAUUCUUAAGCUUUUAAUGACAUUUAUGACAUAAUUUUAGUGGUU